AAUAAGGAUGGUUGUUCCAAAUGAAGUUAAAGAUAUAGGAAUAGCUUGUAAAAGGUUUCUCUUCACAACAGAGUUUGCCGGCUUUCUUAUACUAACAUUAUUUUAGAAUGAGCUGGUUCUGUCAAUUGGAAUUAGAUUAUUGAUUGAAGCAAUAUUAGCUGCUUAUUUUUACAUAAAUUGUAGAGAUUCCCCAGGUAAUCCAUUAUCAGGUGAUGAAGAUCAGGAAUUGUCAUAAUUAUCCAUUUCUACUUAACAAAGAGAUAAUACUCAAUAAGAAUCAUAAAUCCCUGAUAGAAAUUUCUGUCAGGAAUGCAAGAUAAUUCAACCAUUUAGAACGAAACAUUGUACAAAAUGCAAGAAGUGCAUUCCCAAAUAUGAUCAUCAUUGCUUUUGGGUAGGAGGUUGUAUUGGGGAGUUAAAUCAUAGAACAUUCUGGCUAUUUCUGUUUUUUUAAUGCUUACUCUGCUUCGAUGGAUUAUUUCAAUUCAAUUAAUAGCUGGGUCUUUAUUCCAUUUACGAAGAAGAACAAAGUGAUAAUAAAUAUUAGUAUUAAUAUUUUGUGAUAUUGCUGUUUGGAACAAUAUCGUUUGGAUUUGGUAUAUUUACAGGAGCCUUAUUCUUAUAUCAUACUAUGCUAAUUAUUACAGGACAGACAACGUGGGAACACACAAAAAGGGAUAAAAUUACAUAUUUGAAGUUUUACCCAAAAUUUUAUCAUCCUUAUAAUUAUGGAUUGAUUAGAAAUAUCAGGCUUACAUUUUUUCAUAGAAAUGUGCAAUCCCAUUGGAUUCCACCAUAAAAAGAUUAAAUAUAAGAGUAGUGUAAUAUAUUUGAUAACAAGUAUUACUCAUGUUGUUGA